AUGAAUAAAGAAUGCAGAUUUUGCGGUGCUCUUAAAUGGAAAGAGGAAGCUGCAGGCAUGUGUUGUUCGGGAGGAAAAGUAGUUCUUCCUUCAAUAGACGAGCGUGUUGAACCUCUUAAAGAACUUUUUUCAAAUGAAACAGAUGAGUCUCGCCGUUUUUUAAAAAACAUAAGAAAAUACAAUACAUGCUUCCAUAUGACAUCUUUUGGAGCUGAUAACAUUGUGUCGAUGCCAGGAUUUUGCCCGACUUUUACAAUCCAAGGGCAAAUAUACCACACAAUUGGCUCUUUGCUUCCUGCUGCUAAUACGCAACCAAAAUUUUUGCAAGUUUAUUUCAUGGGUGAUGAGGAAGCACAAGUUGAUAGGCGUUCUGAGUACGUACCAGGUGUGGAAAGAAACACAGUUCAAAAAAUACAAAAAGUUCUACAUGAUCACAACGUUUUAGUGCAUGAAUUUAAAAUGGCUAAAGAUAGAGUGACUAGCGAUAAUUACAAGGUCGUGAUACACCCAGAUCGUGUACCACGUGGUGAACACGAAAGACGAUUCAAUGCCCCGACCACAAACGAAAUAGCUGCCGUAGUAGUUAGUACUGAACAAACUGCGUCUCGGGACAUUGUUAUUCAGGCGCACGAUGGCCGGCUUACUAGAGUUCCGGACACUCAUAGAUUUUAUGAUGCUCUCGAGUACCCGAUAAUUUUUUGGAAAGGACAAGAGGGGUACAGUUUUGAUAUUCCUCAGACAAACCCAGUUACAAAACAGCCUAUACCGAACAAAAAAGUGUCGUGCAAAGACUUUUAUGCAUAUCAUAUGAUGGUACGUCGCAACAAUUUUAAUUUAUUGCUUCGAUGUAGGCUUCUCUUGCUUCAGUUUUUGGUGGACAUGUAUGUCAAAGUGGAGAGUGAGCGCUUAAGGUUUAUUGCUUUAAACCAAACAAAACUGCGAGCAGAAAACUAUAUACAUUUACAAGACGCGGUCAGGAAUGAUGCGGAUUUAGAUCCAAACAAUUUGGGUCAAUUGGUAAUACUCCCAUCGUCAUUUGUAAAUAGCCCGAGAUAUCUUCAUGAGUACACGCAGGAUGCGUUCACAUACGUGCGUAACUACGGGAGGCCUGAUCUGUUUAUUACAAUGACAUGUAAUCCCGCUUGGCCAGAAAUUACUAAAGAGCUCAUUCCAGGUCAAAAUGCAACAGACAGACAUGACUUAACAGCCAGGUUAUUUAAAAUAAAAGUACAAAAAUUGGUUGCUCUACUUACAAAAGGUAAAAUAUUUGGAGAUAUGAAGUGUUUCAUGUACUCGAUCGAGUGGCAAAAAAGAGGUCUGCCUCACGUGCACUUACUGCUGUGGUUGACGGAAAAAUUACGCCCCAACCAAAUUGAUGAAGUCAUAAGUGCGGAGAUACCAAAUCCAGAAAGUGAUCGAAAACUCUACGAUACUGUAACCAAAAAUAUGAUUCACGGUCCCUGUGGUGCACUAAAUCCGUCAUCACCAUGCAUGAAAGAAGGAAAAUGCACCAAAAAGUAUCCAAGGGCGCUUUUGAAAGAUACUCAAACUAACGACAAAGGCUAUCCUUUGUACAGGCGUAGAACACCAGGAGAUGGCGGCCGUACGAUAACUCUAAAAACCCGAGGUGGAACACAGGAAGUAUUGGUUGACAAUAGCUGGAUUGUCCCAUAUUCUCCUCUUCUGUCUAAAAUUUAUAACUGUCACAUAAAUGUAGAGUUCUGCAAUACGGUACAGGCGAUAAAAUAUAUUUGUAAAUAUAUAAACAAAGGCAGCGACCAGGCUAUUUUUAACAUUCGACAGCAAGGGAAUGUUAAUAUUGACCCGAGAGAUGAGGUGCAAACGUAUCGAGCCGGUAGAUAUGUUAGUAGUAACGAAGCAGCGUGGCGGAUCUUGGGUCUGCCUCUGCAUGAAAGACACCCAACAGUCACUCACCUUGCGGUUCAUCUGCCUAAUGGUCAGCGGAUUUACUUCACUGAAAACAAUUUUAGAGAGAGAAUGGCCGCACCACCUAAGACGACACUAACUGCAUUUUUCCUGCUUUGCCAAAAUGACGCAUUUGCAAAAACAUUACUUUAUGUUGACGUACCCCGCUACUAUACAUGGAACGUGUCGUCGAAAGAAUGGAAACGUCGUUUACAAGGCACACCUGUCGACGGCUGGCCAGGUGUGAAGGCAGGAGAUGCUCUUGGGCGCAUUUACACAGUGCAUGUUAGUAACUUCGAAUGUUACUGUUUGCGAAUGCUGCUGAAUGUAGUACAGGGCCCCACUAGCUUUUUGGAUCUUAAAACAGUUGACGGCCAAGAACUUCAAACUUUUCGACAAGCGUGUGAGAAGUUGGGGUUGUUGGAAGAUGACAACCACUGGGAUGCCACAAUGGAAGAGGCAGUGCUGUGUCGCUCUCCUUCGCAAAUAAGAGAACUAUUUGCAAUAUUGAUAUGCACUUGCGGUUUAUCCAAUCCUCUUCAACUAUGGGAUAAGUAUAAAUCUGCAUUAUCGGAGGAUAUCUUGCAAAGAUUUGAAAGGAUGGAUCAAGUCAACAAUGAUCUAUGUUUCAAUGAAGCACUGAGACAUAUAGAGGACAAAAUAAUAACGAUUUCCGGUAAGAAAUUGUCUGACUUCGGUAUGCCUACACCAGAGCGUCGAGGAGAGUUGUCGACCGAUUUGAUCAAAGAGCUAAGCUACGAUAUUGCUUUAUUAGACGCUCAGGUCAGCGAAACUGAACCACGCCUGCUACCCGAACAAAAAACAUUUAUAACAAAAUAUUACAACGAGUUGAGCUUGACAAAGGCGGCCUUUUCUUUCUUGACGCCCCGGGCGGUACAGGACCGUAAAGUUGCAUUAGCGGUGGCUUCCUCUGGGAUCGCUGCAACAUUGCUGAGCGGUGGACGAACGGCACAUUCGGUUUUUAAAUUACCUCUUAAUCUGGCGAGCGAAGAAACCCCAACGUGCAACAUCAGUAAGAGCAGUGCCCGUGGCGCCCUCUUGCAACAAUGUAUGCUGAUCGUGUGGGACGAGUGCACUAUGUCACACAAACGCGCCAUUGAGGCGCUUGAUCGCUGUCUACAAGAUAUUCACAGCAAUCGAAAGUUGAUGGGUGGUGUGGUAGUGUUAUUGGCAGGGGAUUUUAGACAGACUUUACCUAUUAUCGAGAGAGGCACUGCAGCAGAUGAAAUUAACGCAUGUCUAAAAGCCUCAUAUCUGUGGUCUAAAGUUGAAAAGCUUUAUCUUACCACUAACAUGCGAGUCCAGUUAUUCAGCGAUGUCGAAUCAGGAGCAUAUGCUCAAAAACUGCUAGAAAUUAGUGAAGGCCACCUAAACACCGACCAAGUAGGUAUGGUUCUUUUCACACAGCAAUUUUGUCAUGCUGUGGAGACAGAAAACGAACUUAUUGAACAAGUUUUUCCGAAUCUGCAACAAAAUAUUCUUGACGAAAAUUGGUUGUGUGAAAGAACCAUAUUGGCACCAAAAAAUCAGAUUGUUGCGAAAAUAAAUAAAAACAUCUUGGCCGAAAUAAACAGCGAAACAUCAGUGUAUAAUUCCAUUGACACAGUUAUGUCAUCCGAUGACACUACAAGUUAUCCCGUAGAGUUCCUAAACUCUUUAGAGUUGUCCGGGGUGCCAUCACACAAGUUGGAAUUAAAGGUAGGUGUACCCGUUUUGUUAAUGCGUAACCUGGAUGCGCCAAGAUUAUGCAACGGUACUCGGUUGCGAGUUACCGAAUUAGGAAGGCAUAUAGUGAAGGCUACAAUUUUAACUGGAGAAGCCAAGGGAGACAAUGUUCUUAUACCGCGCAUCCCAAUCAUACCCAACAACUUGCCAUUCAAUUUUAAACGCCUGCAGUUCCCAUUAAAAGUCGCAUUUUCAAUGACGAUCAACAAAUCGCAGGGUCAAACCUUGAAGGUAGCAGGCCUACAUUUGGGCACGCCAUGUUUUUCUCACGGUCAGCUCUAUGUGGCUUGCUCACGUGUUUCUAAAGCGAAGAAUCUGCAUGUUUAUGCUGAAGGAAAAAGAUCAUUAAAUGUAGUUUAUAGGAGCAUACUGCAGUAG